UCUUUUUCAAAGCGUACUAUUUUUGUUUAAAUAAAUUUUAUUUACAUAUGCUAUACUGUCUUAUGUGAGAAUCAUGGAUUUGUGGUCGGGUGAACAAAUACCCCGUGCCUAUAAAUUUGAUAAUGAACAUGUGUUACAUAUCAAUGGUAGUGAAAAUGAAAUCCAUAGCAGUUUUUGUGCCAAAACAUGGAUCUCAAGUCUUUCUUUCUUCUCCGAAUCACAACUUGUUUCCAGUAAACAAACUCUCUUGCUUUCCGCUGAUGUCGGUUCCCACUAAGCCUCCAAAGUUUGUUCGUUUGAAGGCAACUACUACCAUGACUCGUGAUGAUCACGAAAGCAAUCGCACGUUUAAGGAAUUGCUACCUUCUCCAUGGACUGAUCAGUUCCACACUAUUUCUGUCGAUGUCUCCGAAAUUAAUGCGCUUAGGAAAGAAAUCGAUGUACUAAAGCCAAAAGUGAAGAAGGCGCUCAUGUCUUACCAAGGGAUCGAUUCAGCAAAGAAGAGAAUUCUUAUGAUAUAUUUGUUGGUGAGCCUUGGCCUUGCACAUCACUUUGAGGACGAGAUAGAUGAGACUAUAAAAGAAGGUUUCGAAAAGAAAGAGGAGAUGAUAGAAGGUGAAAAUGACUUGUACACAGUGUCCAUCAUCUUCUGGGUUUUUAGGAGAUACGGUCACCAUAUAUCUUCCGAUGUAUUCAGGAGAUUCACAAAGAACAGCGGAAAUUUCAAAGAAUCUCUUGUCGGAGAUGCCAAGGGUAUGUUGAGCUUGUAUGAAGCUGCUUAUUUGCGGACGACAAAAGAUUAUAUAAUGGACGAAGCAUUGAUAUUUACAUCUAGACACUUGGAGUCACUGGCUGCUGAUGGAACGUGCCCUCCUCAUCUCUCAGUACGUAUUCGAAAUGCUCUUACUCUACCUCAGCACUGGAAUAUGGAGAUGUUAUUCCUAGUGGAAUAUAUCUCAUUCUUUGAACAAGAAAAAGAUCAUGACGAGAUGCUACUCAAAUUCGCUAAAAUCAGUUUCAAGUUAGUACAGCUCCAAUACCUUCACGAACUCAAAAUCCUUGCAGAAUGGUACAACGAUCUAGAGUUUGAAUCCAAGCUACCACCUUACUUUAGACACAGAAUCGUCGAAAAUCAUUUCUUUGUACAAGCGAUGUGCUUUGAGCCACAAUUAUCACGUGCAAGGAUUAUAAUGGUUAAGUACUUCACAAUUUUAGUGAUUCUAGAUGACACAUUUGACAGAUAUGCAUCUCUUCCGGAAGCUGAAGGCCUCGCUAAUAGCUUGGAAAGGUGGGCUCACGAGCAUACCAUGGAUAAACAGCCUGAUUAUUUGAAAUUCGUGUUGAACUUUAUGAUAGAUACUUUCGAAGAGUUUGAAAGAGAACUUGGGCCACAAGGAAGAUCAUACAACGUGAGCGCCUCAAAGGAAGUGGAUUAUAUUUCAAGGAAAAGAAAGUUCAAGACACAUGUGAAAGCCAACUUUGAUCUCGCAAAGUGGGGCCUAGUUUAUCACGUGCCUAGCUUUGAGGAGUACAUGGAGGUUGGUGAGGUGGAAGUCGCAGUGUAUGCGACUUUGGCAAGUCGAUACAUGUCUAUGGGAAAGAUGGCUGCAAAAGAAGCUUUUGAAUGGCUAAAGUCCAGACCAAAACUCGUCCAAUCUUUAUGUGUCAAAGGUCGUCUUAUGGAUGAUAUAACUGGUUUCCAGGAUGACAUUAGUAGAGGAUACGUCACCAAUGCUGUCAGCUGUUAUAUGAAGCAAUAUGGAGUUUCCGAAAAUGAAGCUUUUAGGGAGCUUAAUAAAAUGGUUGGAGAGGCUGAGAAGAUAAUAAAUGAAGAGUUCUUGACAAAAACUGGUGUGCGACACUGUGUUCUUAAGGCAGUCAUUGAUCUUGCACGCAUGAUCCACGUCUGCUACAAUGGAUAUGAAGGUUACACCGAUCCCCAAGGAAAAAUUAAGGAGUACAUGACUUCUAUGUUCGUGGAUCAGAUCCGUCUUUGAAGACUUUGGCAAAUGUAGACGUGGAGAUCGGAAGGGUGGUACAGUUUAGGCCAGUUAUAUGAAUUAAGUACCGAGCUGAGCCGAAUCAUCGUAAAAUAUACGAAUGGUACCAGCCUUGCCAAGUUGCCAGACACUGAUCCUUACCAGAAGACAUGUAGUGAGGGUAUAUCCUGAAGACCCAGAGAUGAUGGAAGCUGUGUACAUGACAUGUUAGGAUAUCACACAGAUUACAAGAUCAUGAGUUGAAAGAAGUUAACAGUUGCGUAUAUUUGUUGAACUAUUCAGAUUUGUCUCCUUUUUCUUUGUAUACUAUGUUUUCUGUUUUAUCAUUCUUGUGCAAGAACAUGUUUUUCUCAACACUUCUUGAGUCUUGAACUAUCCACAUUAUAUAAUUCUGUUAAUCUUGUUUUACUAUUC